CAGUGGUUGCAUUCCUCACAGUUAACUGACUUCCUUCCAAUUCACAUAGACUGAGCAACAUCCUAAACAGAUGAAAAGCUACCAAUUUCACUGACCUAAGGACAUCAAAAUGGAUCUAUGAAAAAUUGGUGUCCCGAACCCUCAAGAUACUGUGAAGAUGUGAUGAAUUUGAUCUUUUUAAUUGAACACAUUCUAUCAAAGCUACUGAACCCCUGUUUCAUCUUGCCAUAGUAACUAGAUGUUCUGCAGUAGUACUCAUAGCACAAGUUAGAAAAUCUGGCCUAUAAAUGAAGUCUUCAGUGUUUUGGAAGAUCAAAGUAGCUUCUAUCAUCUUAAUUGUGUUCCUCGUUGUUGCAGCUGCUGUUAUUGUGACCACUGUUCUUCUUCUUGGAUCAAAGUCCUCUGUGUCAAACUCCACAAUUCAAUAUUAUGAUGGAUCCUUUAGGAUUCUUAACUUAAACUACACAAAUGAUUACAAAGAUGGUAGUAGCAGUGGAUACAAGUUACUGGCUACUCAACUCCAAGGCCUGUUAACAUCCACAUUUGAAAACUCAUCUCUUAAGAAUCAGUACACCAAGUGUGAAGUGAUAAACUUAAGGCCUGGAAGUGUUAUAGUAGACUUUGUGUUGCAAUUUACGACUACCAACCAGGGGACCACAUUUCCAACAACUGACUUAGUUCAUAAUAUCUUCAUAGAGAACUUUGCAAAUAGCUCCUGGUCUAGUUUCAAGGUUGAUGCAGGCUCAUUUUAUAUCUCAUCCAUCUCUGGAAGCGAUGCUUAUAAUCUUCUAAAUAACGUUAUCUCUGCAGUUAUUUAUUUUUUUAAUGUAUAA